UAACAACAACAACAACUUACUGAAAAGCCAAAGGAUAUCUGUAUAUUAUAUAUGGAGCAAUACAAUUACCCAUGUAAACCCCUAACAGUUGACCGAACCGUUAUGUUUUAAGACCCCCUCUCCCUCGUUGUGUAAAAAACAAAAAAAAAACGUAAACGUAAACGUAAACGCAAAUGUAAAAAUCGAUAAACCACACGCAGCCAACGCAAACGCAAAGCCCCAAAAAAAUAACACACACAAAAACCCGAAAACUUGACCAAAAAAGAAAAAGUUGAGAACUAUAAACUCUCUGCCGUUCGGAGAGCUUCAAAUAAAAGCGCAGAAAUGUGUAAAGUGGCUGUGAAAUUCGAAGUAUCCUAACCAAAAACCAGAAACCGAAUCGAAGACCCCAAACUGAACCACAAACCAAUUUAUCAACAACAUUUAUGUAUAUAUGGACCUACAUAUGUGAAACAAUAAAAAGCAAUAUAAAAUAUUGAAAUAUGAUUUAAUAAAGGAGACCCAAAGAGAGAGAGAGAGAGAGAGAGAAGGAAAGGGAGGCGCAACUAUGCGAAACUCUAUUUAAGACAACUGUAAAAACAAACUCUAUUCAUUUCGGCGAGCCAAUCUAUAUAAAUAUAUAUAUUUUUCACAUGCGAAAUAGGAACAGCAACAAUUUUCCUUUCCGCUUUUGCCACCAAAACCAAAUACCCACUACGAAGGUCUUUGCUCGUACGAAACAAAACACUCGCUUCAGCACUUAACACUAAACUUGCCUCUAAAUCUAAAAGGAAAAACACCAAAAACAACGCUCAAUCACUCAAUCAACUCAACUCGACUCAAUCAAUCAACUCAACUCAACUCAACUCAACUAAACUUUACUCAAAAUGCCGCGCUGCCUAAUUGCCAAGAAAUGGAAGGCAUAUCCUUGGCUGGAUCGCAACAGCGAGGAUAAUGCCAACAACACACCAACAGCAACAACUCCACGGGAGGAGCAACUAUCCCCAUUGCCCAAUCUGAAGUCGCGUCGCUCCACCAUGGACGAUGACGAAGAGAUCGAUGUUGUGGGCGACAAGCUAUUGACCAAAUCCGACAAGCAACGCACAACAGCAACAGCAACCGCCACAGCAGCAACAGAAGCAACAAACAACAGCAACAACAGCACAACAGCAACAGCCACAUCAACAACUACUGCAACAACUACGGCCAAGUGCUGGGGCCCCAGCUCCCCAACGGCAGGCACCACAGCUCCAAGUCCGCCGCCCCAUUCGCCGGAGGCAGCGACACGUGGCGCAACCAAUGUCUACAACGGCUACAUACGUGAGUUGUCGCCGCUGCAUUACACCGCGUACCUGCCUCGCAUGGAGAGCGAAAUAACGGUCAUACGGGCAGCAGCGACAGCGCUUGUGGCAGCAGCAGCCAACAGCAGCAGCAACCACUCAGGUGAGCAACAACAACAGCAGCAGCAACAACAACAUUUGGCUGCCUAUCAAACACCGCCAUCGUCAACCACAUCGUCGCCUUCGUGCUCGCCAAAUGGCGAUAGAUUUAGUCCGGGCAUGUUGCACAUUAAGAUGGAAUCUGGCCAGACGAGCAGCGAGCGCAAGUGCUUCAGCAGCACAGGUGCCACACUGUCGCUGCCGCCAAAGAAGAAGGACAUCUACAGGCCCUACUCGCUGGACGACAAGCCCACGCAUGGCUAUCGCCGGCGUGUGCCAGCCGAGGAGGAUUUGCAUGCAGCUCACGCCAUACUCGAUCUGAGUGCCUCGACAGCCUUUCAUCCGCCCACGCAGCCACAUCAGCUGCAGCAGCAGCAGCAGCAGCAGCCGCAGCAGCAACAGCAACAGCAGCAACAUGAGCCACAGCAGCUGCAACUGCAGCAUGAGCCACAGCAGCAACUGUUGCCGCUGGCACUGCCGCUGCAGCAGCAACACUUGCGCACCACAUCAACAAUUGCCGAGCUCGCUGCCGCAGCCAGCGUGGUGAAUGAGCAGCGACCCUUGAGCAAUGCUUCCAGUGCCAGCAGCAGCAUACACAGCAGCACCAGCAGCAAUCACAGCAGCAGCAGCAAUGUGCAGAACGAGAACAGCAACACAACCAAUCAGCUGCACAGCGGCCAUGGCCUGGGCCUGGGCUUGGGAUUGGGAUUGGGACUGGACUGCCAUGCCGAGCCAGACACAGACGCCGAUGGCGAUGCGACCGGUCAGGCAGCGAAAACCGUUGCCUACACCUACGAGGCCUUCUUUGUGAGCGACGGACGGUCGAAGCGCAAGCAUGUGGCCGAUCCAGCCGCCGUCGUUGUCCAGGAUCAGCAGAAAACCAAGUACACCUGCUCCGAGUGUGGCAAGCAGUACGCCACCUCCAGCAAUCUGUCGCGCCACAAGCAGACGCAUCGCUCCCUCGACUCGCAGUCAGCUAAAAAGUGCCACACCUGCGGCAAGGCCUACGUCUCGAUGCCCGCCCUGGCCAUGCACGUGCUCACGCACAAGCUCUCCCACAGCUGCGGCGUUUGCGGCAAACUCUUCUCACGGCCGUGGCUGCUGCAGGGCCACCUGCGCUCCCACACAGGUGAGAAGCCCUACGGUUGUGCGCAUUGCGGCAAAGCCUUUGCCGAUCGCUCCAAUCUGCGAGCUCACAUGCAGACGCAUUCGGUGGACAAGAAUUUCGAGUGCAAGCGCUGCCAUAAGACAUUCGCAUUGAAAUCGUACCUAAACAAGCAUCUGGAAUCGGCCUGCCUCAAGGACGAGGAGGAGCUCAUGAUGGCCAUGUCGUUGCAUGGCCACACCGAUAGCAACAGCGAGAGUGGCGCCAGCUUGGCCUCGCCUCCGCACGAGUUCCUCGAACGGGUCAAGGUGGAGGCACCUGUCGGAGUGGCAGGUGUUGGCAUCACCUAUGCCAUCUAAAUGUUGAGUAAGUGUGCCAUUGCCAAAAAACAGAAAAAAAAAAAAAACAAAAACAAAAGAACACAAAAACAACAAACCCAAAACAAAAACAAACAAAAAAAAAAAAACAAAGUAAAAGCAAUGCCCUUGUUAAUUGAUCGUUAAUGUUGAAAGUCAGUUAUCGAUAGCAGUUUUUAUAUAUACAACUAUAUAUAUAUAUAAAGAAUACGAUCACAAUACGUCCAAAAGCAAGUGUAGUAGAGUAACACAGAGACUGUAGAAAUUCGCAUUAGAAAACCAUUAAAAAAAAAAAAAAAAAAAACAUAAUGAAAGAAAAAUGAUAACUAAAUACACUUAGCGUAAACCUAAUCUCGUUCUUCUUUUAGUCUUAAGCGAGUUAAAAAACGAAUAAAAAAAAAAAAAACAAAAAAAAAAAAAAAAAACAAACAAAAACAAAAUGAAUGAAUAAUUGAAAACUUAAGAAGAAGCUGAACUUCUGAUACCCAUACACACACAGAAAGCCUUUUGCAGUAAUUGCAAAAACUUAAAACCUGAGAACUUGAGCAAUUCUAUAUCUAUAUAUACAUACAUACAUGCAUAUAUACAUAUGUAUAUGUAUAUGUAUAUAUAUGUAUCUCUCUCUAUAACUAUCUAAACAAAAAUAUAUAUAAACACACACACACACACAUACAUACACAUACAUAUAUACAAAUGGUGUACUAUAACCUGUAGCUAUCAAAAAACUUGUAGUCUCUAGCUCUACUCCCUAAACUCUAAACUCUAAAAUCUAAAACUCUAAGCUCUAAAACUCUAUAUCCUAACCAAAAAUACCAAGAAAAUUCUCUUUAAUCUUUAAUCGAAGACGAAGUGAUUAAAACAAAUUUAAUGCAACGAAUACGAAAAGCAAAUGCAAUGUUUCUCAAACAACGAAUUAGAUCCUAAGGGCAGUCUAUCUAUAAGCAGUAUAUAGUAGCGCCAGAGAGUAGACGAUAAACAAAAACAAAAUGAAAAAAUACUUAAACUAAAACUAAAACAAAAUUCAGCUCCAUAUUUUUCACAUCAUUUUAUAUAACUAAGUCACAUAGCAACAUUUAAGCACGUAAAGGAAGCAUUUUAAUUCGAAAACAAGUUUAAUCAAAAUGAGAACGCAAAGCAAUAUUACGAUAUACGAUAUACGACAUUAUACGAUAUAUCGUAUAUUAUAAAACAUCUGCAUAUUAUUGGCACAUAAGAAAAUUUCGGAUUUUGUUUGAGUUUUCUUAUGAUUUUAAAGGCUAGAGUUACAUGGGAAAUAGAAGAAGAAGCAAAGGGGUUAACUGAAAAAAAUACGAUGAGAUUUGGGCAACUAAUUUGCGUUUAGCCAUAUAGUCAAUUAGCAUUCCAGGCAAUUCAAAACCAAAUAAUAAUAAUUAUAUAUGUAUAUAUUUAUAAAGAGAAUAUAAAAAGAUAGAACAAAAAAAUUUCUAGUCGCUGUCUAACAGCAAAUUUUUUCUAAUUUUUUACGAAGGCAAAGUUUCAAUACAUUUCCGCUUAAAUACCAGUUUUUAGUUUUAGAGCAUUGCAUUCUGUUGUGGUCCAAUUAACAGUACACUGAGUUCGCCAAAAGAGAAAUAUGAUAUGAAAAAAAAGUUGAAGAUUGGGUAUAGCUACGAAUCUGAGAACUUUUUCUGACCGUUCCAUAAAAUCCUGUCGGUAUCAUACACCACUCUAAAGGGCGCCCUAAAAAAGUUCCAGUGUUUCUAUCAGUGACCAAAACAAGAAACGAUAAGACCAAACAUGAUUUGCUGUAGCCUAUGUAUACCCAUAUAGUUACUCAAAUCCGUAUUCGAUCGCCCCUCACAGAACGAGAGAAAACAAAAACAAGAACAACAAAAGCCAGAUGAAGAAAAUCUAUAUGAAUAUCGAGUGUGAUCUAGUCUCAAGCAUUUAACAGUACACUUCGUCCAUGCGUAAAGAAAAACAACAAACAAUGAAAGAAACAAAGAAAAUACUUUUGCACUCUUCGAAAUACAACUUACCUAGUACGAUAUUACUUACAUCUAUAUUUAUAUUAUGUAGCUCAUAUGUUCAUUUAUACGCAAUUACACCCCAGCACAAAAGCAAAAAUAUGUAAAUAGUAUUUAAACCUAAUCUACCAUAUAGACAUCUAUAAUAUAUCACUCAACUGAAAUCAGCUUCAGCGACCGAUCUCAAAAAACAACAACAACAAAAGUGCAACGAACUUUGUCGUAGAGUACUUAGUCUAAAGAGUAGCAAAAAGUUUUGAUCGAAACUCAGUCAAAAACCAAAUGAAAACCAAAACCAAAACAAAAACGAAACCCAGUUGUUGGUAUGUCUAAGCGAGCGAAAAGGAAUCUAUAUAUACAUACAUAUAUAUAGUUAUAUACAAACAUUAGAACAUACGUAUGUAGCUGCGUAAUAUUUACAAUUAUAUAUACACAUGCAUAAAAUAUAUACAUAAAUAUUUUAGACCUAGUAUACAUGUACGCCUAAGUUAACCUAGUAAGUAUAAUCAUCACAAAAUUAUUUUUAUACUGUUAACAACGUAGGCGCUAAGAAGAGUUUCCCCAUGUCCCCAUGCGGAACACUUUUAUGCAAUAAUCGAUAACGAUAACGAUAUCGAUAUCGAAAUCGGCUAAAGUACCAAAGCAAUACUCAACAA